GGGGAAAUUUCUCGAUGACGACAGCAAAAAAUUUUUUUGUUUUUUCUGUUUUUUGAUUUCCUUAAAAUAUAAAUGACCCAUUAAGAUCAAUAACAUCGAUCAUCGAUAAAAUAUAUUUUGAAUCAUGGUAGAUGCUGCAACACGUAAAUCAUUGGGACAAAUUCCAUUACUUAAAACAAAAGCAGGACCACGUGAUAAAGAAUUAUGGCCACAAAGAUUAAAAGAAGAAUUACAAGCAUUAAUAGAGUAUGUUAAAAAGAAUAAAGAAAAUGAUAAUGAUUGGUUUCGUUUGGAAUCCAAUUCCGAUGGAACAAAAUGGUUUGGAAAAUGUUGGUAUAUUUAUAAAUUGAUCAAAUAUGAAUUUGAUAUUGAAUUUGACAUUCCCGUAACAUAUCCAACAACAUCACCGGAAAUUGCAUUACCCGAAUUGGAUGGAAAAACAGCCAAAAUGUAUCGUGGUGGAAAAAUCUGUACAAGCGAUCAUUUUAAACCACUUUGGGCAAGAAAUGUUGGCAAAUUUGGUAUUGCUCAUGCAAUGGCACUUGGUUUAGGUCCAUGGCUUGCUGUUGAAAUACCCGAUCUUGUCGAUAAAGGAAUUGUCAAGGAGAAAAAUAGCUGAAACCAAAAAAACAAUGAUUGAGAAAAAAAAUUUAUUUCUUUCAUUUUGUUUUCCUGAUUCGGUUGUUUAUUUUUUUUAUACAAAGUUAU